AUGGCAGACCAAAGAAUGGACAUCUCCUCCACGAUGAAUGAGUUCAUGUCUCCCAGUUCCACUGAGCUGAUCAGCAGCUCCAUGGGUUCCACAGGCAUGGACUUCAACCGCAAGAGGAAGGGCAGCAUCACCGACUAUGAAAUCGAUGGAUUUUCUUUUGAGGACAGUAUGGACACAGACAAGGACAAACCACUUGGAAGGGCCGAUCAGCAGAUGAAGAACGCAAGAGAGGCUCACAGUCAGAUAGAGAAGAGACGCAGAGACAAGAUGAACAGCUUUAUCGAUGAGCUGGCUUCAUUAGUGCCUACCUGCAAUGCCAUGUCCCGCAAGCUGGACAAGCUCACGGUGCUGCGCAUGGCCGUCCAGCAUAUGAAAACUCUACGAGGUGCUGCAAACCCUUAUACUGAAGCUAACUACAAGCCGGCCUUUUUAUCAGACGAUGAGCUGAAGCACUUAAUUUUAAAGGCUGCUGAUGGUUUUCUAUUCGUUGUGGGCUGCGAUCGGGGGAAGAUCCUUUUUGUCUCAGAGUCUGUCUACAAAAUUCUAAAUUACAGUCAGAAUGACCUGAUUGGCCAGAGUUUGUUCGAUUAUUUGCAUCCUAAAGAUAUUGCAAAAGUCAAAGAGCAGCUUUCAUCAUCUGAUACAGCUCCACGCGAAAGACUCAUCGAUGCUAAAACCGGGCUGCCGGUCAGAACAGACAUCGCACCUAGUCCCUCCAGACUGUGCUCAGGGGCCCGACGCUCCUUCUUCUGCAGAAUGAAGUGCAACAGGUCUAUGGUCAAAAUGGAGGAUAAGGAUUUUCCCUCGACUUGCUCCAAAAAGAAAGCUGAUCGCAAGAGCUUCUGCACCAUCCACAGCACAGGCUAUCUGAAGAGCUGGCCGCCCACCAAAAUGGGUUUAGAUGAAGACAAUGAGCCUGAUAACGAAGGCUGUAAUCUCAGCUGCUUAGUGGCCAUUGGCCGGUUACAUCCUCACAUUGUCCCACAACCCGUGAAUGGAGACAUCCGGGUGAAGCCCACAGAGUAUGUCUCGCGCCACGCCAUCGAUGGGAAGUUUGUCUUCGUGGACCAAAGGGCCACAGCCAUUCUUGCUUAUCUACCUCAAGAGCUUCUGGGCACGUCUUUCUAUGAGUAUUUCCAUCAGGAUGACAUCGGGCAUCUCGCUGAAUGCCAUAGACAAGUCCUACAAAUGAGAGAGAAGAUCAACACUCACUGUUACAAGUUCAAGAUUAAAGAUGGCUCUUUUAUAACUUUAAGAAGUCGCUGGUUCAGUUUCAUGAACCCUUGGACCAAAGAAGUAGAAUACAUCGUGUCUACCAAUACAGUCGUCUCGGGCAGUUCGGUUGAUGGAGCGGAGCCUGGUUUUCCACAGCUCUCUGCCUCCCCCCAGAGUAUGGACAGUGUUCUUACAGCUGCUGACGGCUCAGGGAAAACCGUUCCUGGACUCCCCGGAGGCACAAGAGCAGGAGCAGGGAAGAUCGGCCGCAUGAUCGCAGAAGAAGUGAUGGAGAUUCACAGGAUACGAGGCUCGUCGCCCUCUAGCUGUGGCUCAAGCCCGCUGAAUAUCUCCAACAGCACACCUCCUCCCGACACCUCCUCACCGGCUGCCAGAAAGAUGUCCAAUGGCGGGACUCCAGACAUUCCCUCUGCAGGGCUGGGGUCAGGCCAGGACAGCAUAGGAUACCCAUACUCAAACAGCUCCAUUUUAAGUGAUAAUUCUCACAUUGGGAUCGGUGACAUCAUGGACGAGCCGGGCUCAAGCAGCCCCAGCAGUGAUGAAGCGGCGAUGGCCAUCAUCAUGAGCCUGCUGGAGGCCGACGCGGGUCUUGGGGGACCAGUGGACUUCAGUGACCUGCCCUGGCCGCUCUGA